AUGGAUUCGGUGCCUUUCGAUAAGCUGUCAAUGGUAUUGCCGCCCGACUCGUUCCCCUCGACGCCCGGGACGCCAGGAGGGCCUCCAGCGCGUAAGCGCUGCUCGGCGCGCGCGACCGCGCUGGGCGUGUUUUUCAUCGCGGCAAUUAUCUUGACGCCAAUCGUGUUGCGCACCGUCGUCCCCAGAUCGUUCAAGGCGGCCAAUCACACUUUCGUCGACGAGUUGCAGCCGGUGUACGGGGUGGUGUACGGUAUUUCGGCGCCGAUACUCAUCCUUUUCCUCUAUUUGACACUUGUUGGGAUACGAAGUCUCGACGUGCGGCGAUGGCUAGUGGUGCACGUGACGUGCUGGAUGAUUUGGGAGCUGGUGCAAAGCACUGAGGGUAACACGCAUUCGCCGUGGGCUGGAUGGUUGGGCCUGGAGACUGAUGUGAAUACGGCGUGGCCACUUGUUUGUUAUGCAGCCUUAUUCUGUGGCCUCUGCCUCCUCUACAUCGAAUCCAUCGUCACUUCGAUCAUGUGGGCGUGUGCAGCCAAGGCCCGCUACGGUAUCGUCUACAACGCCGUUUGGCUGUUCCUCUACUUGCCGCUCCCAAAUGCCAUCAUCGCCUUCUGCUGGUGGGCUAAGUUCAUCGCCGACCCGGCCGAGUACACGUGGUGGUACGACCCAGUCGAGGCCCUGUUCUCCAUCACCGCCAUCCUAUCGUGGUUGCUGAUGACCAUCUACCUGGUCGUCAUCCUGGUGUUGUCGCUCGCGCUCCCGUUCUGUUGCCGGAAGCGCAAGGACGCACACCGUGAGAUGGGCGCAUUCCCGAUCGGGAAGAUGUGGCUGACGCUCAUCUACGGAUUGGUUCCACAGGUGCUGAUCAUGCCGACUUCGCUCGUUCCGCUGAUGACGUUCAUGACGACCAACUUCCAGGACCUGCUCCUCAGCAUUAUGAAUUGGGUCACCGGGAGCUCGAGCGGGGGCGGCAGCUCGUGGCUGAUGACGUACGGGCUGAAGUUCCUCGGCUACCAGACCUACUAUGUGCUCUACCUGCCCGUCGUCAUGUGCUUCUUGGCCCUGGUGUGCUUCCCCUGCUUCUGGCGAGCGUUUAUCGUGCUGCUGACGUGCGGCCGGCUGUGCGCCUCCAACAAGUCGAAGCGAUUCGGCAGCAGCCCUCCACCGUCCUACCCUGGAGCUGUUGACGUGAAGGACGGACCGCCAAAGUUC